ACUAAGUAGACUGGGUUUGAUAUCAGUUUUUCACAAUAGAAAUGCAGUUUGUUGAUUUGUCAAUACAUGGCACCCGGCAACCGAGCGUUGUUACGCCAUCUUAUAGACUUCUGAUCGUUGUGCACAUUUAUUUGGGUUCGGACGAGAGAUAUAGAUGAAGUUAUUCAUGAUUUAACGGAAAGGGCUCUUGGUGGAAGCGAUUUGGUUAACAUUGAUUCGGGGAAUAUGAGUUCCUAGACUUGUCAGAUGUGAAAGAAGCGGAGCUGAGCAGUUUGCAGUGCGCACUCUUCACCAAACACCCUGAUACCGUGUCCACCGCAAGAGUCGGUUGGACCGAUCCUGCUGUAGAUCUUUCGUCUUGUUCAUCGAGCACGGCGGGUCCACCGACCGUGUCUAGCAGCCUGGACAGCCUGUCCGGCGGCGAGUGCGAGAUGGCGCCCCACUCGCCGCAGCGGGGCGCGGCCGGCCCGCCGCACGCGCCGCCGCCCUACGUGCAGCCGCCCGCCUACCCGCCGCCGCCGCCGCACCAGUGGCCCGUCGGACCCCCCAACGUCUACGUGAGCCAGGUCACAGCAAACGUGAACGUCCACGGCUACAUGGGUCAGUACUACCAACCGCCACAGCCGCAGUACGUCCCGCAACCACCUCCACAAGUUGAACGCCCGCACAGGAACCACAGGAAAGAUCGUCGCAGCAAACGCGUGCCUUCUCCGCCCCCGCCCCAACCUCCUCCAUACUACGUCCCCUAUUCACAGUAUUACCCCGCUGCUCAGGCGCAAGGAGCACCGCUAUACCACCUUCCUAUGUACCAGCCUCUAGUCUACGGACCAUAUGCCUACCCACCUUAUUACCAAGAAUACCCCAUACCGGUAGAAGGUGAUGCAGGGGACAAGAGCCCUGAAGAGUAUCAACAAGAAGUUGUUAUGGAACAAGAAGCGGUUGACGCGUAUUACGCCGGCGCGCAUUACAUGACCCCCUAUGCUCCACCCGUGGAAGGUGGUGCUGAAUAUAUGCCUCCCAUGUAUAUUCCCCCACCUCACCAUCCUGCCCCAAUGCCCAUACCACAUCAACCUCCACAUCAACCGACUCCACACCAGUUCAACGUUCACGCGAAGAACUUCGUUCUAGGACAAAAUCACAGUAAAAACUUCACACCAGACAAAAGUCAGGAACAAAAACCAAUUGUGGCAGCAACUACAUCUGUUCCAACAACAAGUACAGUAGAAUCCCUCCCUAUGAAAGAUCUUAAGAUUAGUAAAGGGCCGAGCAGUCCAAAACAGGAGCAAAGACAGAUUGAAAUUUCAAAGCCUCCAUUGCAAGUUGAAAAGAGUUCGCCAACACUCAAAACAGAUCCAACAAAACCGGCUUGGACACCAGAGACUAAGCCACAGGAAACCAGUCAGGUUCAACCAACAAAGACUUUCCCUCCACCAACUCCUGCUCCGGCUCAAGUGAGCGCGAAAGUGCCUCCAGUUCCUGGAAAAACGCCUAAAGGUCCUACUGCUCCAUUUUCAACAGGCAAGCAACCACCUAAAGCUCCUGUACCAACAGCAGUACCCGUACAGCAAUCUGUUCCCACACCAAAACCACCAUUUGGCAACAGACAAAAACGAGAAGGAAACACUAAUAGAUCACCGUCAAUUGAUAAUGUUGAGGCAGAAAAGACUGUGCCCAUUGAGCACACUAAAAGGGAACCUCCAUUACCACCUAGCAAAGCUCCGAUGCCAAUUUCAAUAACACUCCAUGCUCAAGGUCCCCCAGUGAUUGUGACGAAUAAGUCUCCAUUCAGUCACUCGCGUAAAGCAGUUCCAGUGCCUGAAACUCCACCAGUGCCCCAACCUCCUCCUCCAGCUCCGACAGCAUCAGAUUUUCCACCACCUCCGACUCCGAGGAACAGGGGAGAGCCUGUACCCCCUCCAGUGGUUCAACCCCAACCUCAACCGGCUCCAGGGAAGUCUUGGGCGAGUCUUUUCUCCAACAAAACUUCAAGCGUAACAACACCUUCAAGUAUACCAGUUGCAACCCCAGUUCCAGUUCCAGUUGAAGAACCUCCCAGCCCUACUACUGUAGUGCCGCCAGUGACGACGAAUAUACAAAAACCUGUAGCUAAGGUGCCCCCUUUUGAUGCUUCCCCACUACAAAAUACGGUCAUGGAUAAACCACCGAUUCCUAGAACGGUUACCUCAGCUGCACCUACUAUAUCUUAUUCGGAGAAAACUUCGGUGAAUGCUGUGAGCAAUGUUAGCAACUCGACUCAGCCACUUAAGCCUGUAUCCACACCAACGACUACGGAAGUACGUGAUGUGCCUAUUCUGAAGGAAACCUCACCGGCAGUCCCCAUUCAGCCGUCGCCGUUCAGUGAUGAUCCCAAUUCAUAUAGGAUGGGAGAAUUCCUGUCAAAAUAUCAACUAGACAAUCGCCCAGUGACCCUCCUGCCGCGCGGUCUGACAAAUCGUUCUAACUACUGCUACGUGAACGCAAUUCUGCAGGCCCUGAUUGCCUGUCCUCCUUUCUACAAUAUGCUGAAAGCUCUGCCUUAUCAGACCCGUCGAGGAAAAUCCAGCACACCUGUUAUUGAUUCUAUGGUGGAACUCUGCUAUGAGUUCAGUCCGUUAGCCAGCGCGGCGCGGCGCGGCAGGGGCGAAGUGGGCGCGGCCGGGGCCGGAGCGCCCGCGGUACCUGCCGGGCCACCACUUGAUGGCUCGUCAGGCUUGAGGGUGCUCCGCGCUCUCAGACCCUUCCCUGGAUCACAGGAGGGCAGGCAGGAAGACGCUGAAGAAUUCCUAGGUUGCCUGCUAAACUCUCUUAAUGAUGAAAUGCUUGAGUUAAUAAAGCUUGUUGAACCUGAAGAACCAAAAGACACUACUACAGUUGCAAAGCCCAAUGGAGUUGUUCCUCAAGAACCACCACCGGUCCCUGAGGAAGAAGACGAUGACGAUGAUGAAUGGAAGGUAAUGGGACCAAGAAACCGCGGCGCGGUGGAACGCCGAUGGGCCGCCAGACGUACGCCGGUCGCAGACAUCUUCAGAGGCAGGACUCGCCUGCGACUGCACAGGGCGCCGCACCAUGACGUCACAGACGCCGUGCAGCCGUUCUUCACGCUGCAACUCGAUAUUGAGCGUUCAACAACAGUGAAGGAUGCUCUAGAACUCCUAGCAGGAAAGGAUACUCUAGAAGGUGUAUCGGACGCCUGGCAACAGCUCUCGCUAGAGCAGCUGCCAGUAGUGUUACUGUUGCAUCUCAAAUGCUUCCAACUCGACGCAGAGGGACAUACUGCCAAGAUCGUCAAGAAUAUUGACUUCCCUAUCGAUCUUAAGAUUGAUCCCAAGAUAAUGUCUUCGAAGCACACAGUGAAGCAACGGCUGUACAAGCUGUUUGCUGUGGUUUACCACGAAGGUGUGGAGGCCGUGAAGGGGCAUUACCUCACUGACACCUUCCACGGACAAGCCGGAUGGAUUAGGUACGACGAUUCUACAGUGACUCAAGUAACCGAUGCCCAAGUGUUGAAACCCAAACCCCCUCGAAUGCCGUAUUUGCUUAUGUAUCGUAGACACGAUACUUUGCUACCACACAGAGUUACCGGCAAACCAGAGUAAAACCUUUUUAGCUUAAUACCGAUCCAGCGCUGCCAACAUAACUAUAAGAUUACAAGUUACAACCUUUUGACAUAAAGGUAAGACGAGUUACCACCUUUUGACUUUGUAAAGGAGGGUUAAGUGAAGUGAAGUACUUUUAAAAGUGAGUUAAUCAUAAGUAAUCUGUGCCUGUCAAACAUUAGUUACUGCACAACGAAGACUUUAUGUAAGUACAUUGUAGUGUCAUAACCGUUGGGCCACGACCUAAGCGGCUUAGUGCGGCUAACGAAAGAAAACACUUAGAAAUGUAAGAAGCAGGCCACGGCUUUUGGUGGUGCGACCAGCGGAGAGGCAGGACUAUAUACAUUUGGUUUAAGUCUGCUUUAGGUUACGCUUUUCUGCGCAAAUGAAUUUUGCUGAUGCGACUUUUAUAAGUGAUAGUACUGUACUAUGACUUUUACUACCUGUAAACUGUCAAUAUUUCGCAAGUCGUUGGCACCUUCAUACUGUUAGGAGUUAGGACUCUACUCUGAUGUCAAUGGUCGUAUUAAAGUAUAGCCUCACUGCUUGUCGCUAAGCCAAAAGUCGUGGCCCUGCAGUAAGAAUUGUUCCAGAAUGCUUUAUCUUUUUUUUUUGGCACAAAUAUGUUUUUUUUUCGGCACAAAUUGAUUUUUUUUAUGAAAUUUUGUUUUGAUUGCACCAUUAUGUUUCAUGUGUUUUGUGAAUCAGGUUAUUUAAAUAUUUCUAACAACUAUAUUAUAAAAUAUCUAGUUCUGUACAUAGUAGCUGUAAAUACGGUUUCAUUUUCGUCUUUUGUAUAAAGUACAAAUUCAUUUUUGUAUUUUUUUAAUGUGUAUUAUUUCGGAAUUCACAUGAAAUUUAUAGUUAUUUAUACAAUAUUAUCUUGUAAAUAUUGUUUGGUGUUUGUAAAAUCUUGUUUGGUUCAUGAACUGUAAGCGCGAUAAAAUUAAAAUCUUAAUUUUCAAUGUAAAGUGUCCUAGUAUAUUUGUAAAUUAUCCUACAUACCUAAUAUAAAAAUAUAUUUCAUGUUAUAUUUUUAUCUGGCGCAUUUUUCACUAGAUAUAAGUUUUUGACAAUAUGGAAUUGUGUUAUAAAUAUUAUGAAAAAAUAUAAAAAAAAUUAGUGUCCUAUAUAAUUAUAUAUUAUGUAAUAUAAAAUGCAUGGUUCUGUAUUGAUCAUCCUUCAUACAAUGUCAUUGAAAGUCAAAUAAUAUAUUAAUUGAGGGAAGUACAAAGGAAAUGUUAAAUAUUAUUGUGAUAUGGAAGAAUGGAGCUUACUUUGUUUUUAUUUUCAGAAAAUCUCGGAUUAAAAUGUACCGAAAACAAAGAUAUUUUUGCUGAGAUUUGGUACUUAUUUUUAAUGGUGUUUGAUAGUAAGAGAUCCAUUAUAAACUUUAAAAUACAAUGUUUGUCGUCAAAGACUAACAAGUCAGCGACAAAACACCACAGAUAUGAGUGACCGAGACGACGCUCUACAAAGCCGAAGCUGCCGAUUAUCUCUUUCUAAAGCGCGGACUUCUAAUAUUUACUACUACUAUUAUAAAUUCUUUUAUAUUUUAUAUGGAAAGGGACUGCAACUAACUUACUUUAGUGAUUGAAGGUUUUGAAAUCUUAAGUUUUAUCAAAAGUUCAUAAUAAAUUGAUACCAAGUAAAUAAAAACAAAAUAAGUGUCUGUAUACCAGAUUGCAUUUUAAUAUGGGAAUGUAUGGAAUAGUUAAUAAAAGUGGAACAAUUCGGUAAACAAAACAUUUCGUCCUAGACUUUUAGGUUAGGGUUUGUGGGGAAGAUCGAUAUAAGCGCUGCUGCUCAAAUAUCGUCGCUUUGUACAAGCGUAGUCGUUAUUUUACUUAUGCGCUUGAGUGCUAAAUAAAAUAAAUC